GAGGCUACUUCGGAUUCACUCUAUCUCAAACCUCUUGAGUGUCUUCAACAAGCAUUUUUCACUUGCAAUUGGUUUCCAAUAUGGAAUUUUCUCUCCUAUCUAUCCUUACUUUACUAAACUUUGCAUUGGUGGUAACCCAUGCAGCCUUACCACCUGAAGUUUACUGGAAAUCGAAGCUUCCCUCUACUCCAAUGCCAAAAGCGAUUACGGAUCUCUUGCACCCUGAUUUGGUAGAAGAGGAAAGCACCUCUGUGGCUGUUGGAAAGGGUGGAGUGAAUGUUGAUGCAGGGAAAACAAAGCCUGGAGGCACAUCAGUUAAUGUAGGCAAAGGAGGAGUGAAUGUAAAUGUAGGUAAAGGAAAGCCUAAAGGCACAUCAGUUAACGUUGGGAAAGGUGGAGUGAAUGUGCAUACAGGGAAGAAAGGGAAGCCACCAGUUCAUGUUGCAGUGGGGAAAAGCCCAUUUGAUUAUGUUUAUGCAGCCAGUGAGACCCAACUGCAUGAUGACCCCAAUGUAGCACUUUUCUUCUUGGAAAAGGACUUGCAUAGUGGAAAAAAAUUGAACUUGCACUUCACUAAGACCUUAAAUUCAGCCGCAUUCUUGCCCCGCCAAGUUGCUGAUUCCAUACCCUUUUCAUCAAAAAAGGUGGAUGACGUAUUCACCAAGUUCUCUAUCAAGCCAGACUCAAAUGAGGGUCAGACUGUGAAGAACACCAUCAAUGAGUGUGAAGGGCCUAGCAUUAGAGGAGAGGAAAAGAGUUGUGUGACUUCACUUGAGUCAAUGGUUGAUUUCAGCACUUCCAAGCUUGGAAACAAUGUUGAAGCUGUUUCCACAGAAGUGAACAAGGAAAGUGAGUUGCAACAAUACACAAUAGCAAAAGGGGUGAAGAAAUUGGGUGAGAACAAAGCUGUUGUAUGCCACAAGCAGAGUUACCCAUAUGCAGUGUUUUAUUGUCACAAAUCAGAUACCACUAAAGCUUAUUCUGUCCCAUUGGUGGGUGCUGAUAGAACCAGGCUCACAGCUGUUUCAGUGUGCCACACUGACACAUCACAAUGGAACCCCAAGCAUUUGGCCUUCCAAGUGCUUAAUGUUCAACCAGGAACAGUUCCUGUCUGCCACUUCCUUCCUGAGGAUCAUGUUGUCUUUGUUCCCAAAUAGAAAAUGCGUUCCAUUCCUUAAUAACUACUAGCAUAUGCUUGAUCACAAUUUCAUCUUAUAAUUCUUCAUGUUAUGUGUAGUUCGUAGCGUAGUUCGAUCUGGCUAGAUACUCUUUAUACCUACUAUAUGUUCUGUAACGUGGCCAUGAUGCAUUAGCACCUUGUAUGUUCUUAUGGUUAUAAUAUAUAUGAAGGCUUUCCA